UCCAAUAACCAAUAAAAGGGCUAGUUCAUUAGUUCAUAAUUUAUAACUAACUCGAAUAUUUUUUAUUUUUUGACUCAAUUUCAGAAAAAAUAAAAGAAUAAAUAAAAAGAGGGGCGAAGUGCUACAAAAGGAACUCUGUUCGAUUUUUUAGUCUAUCUAUAAGAGGAGAUCAUAUGAAGAACGUAACCGAUUCUUUCGUUUCUUUGGGCCACUGGCCAUCUGCCGGGAGUUUCGGGUUUAAUACCGAUAUUUUUGCAACAAAUCCAAUAAAUCUAAGUGUAGUGCUUGGUGUAUUGAUUUUUUUUGGAAAGGGAGUGUUAAGUGAUUUAUUAGAUAAUCGAAAACAGAGGAUCUUGAAUACUAUUAGAAAUUCAGAAGAACUGCGUGAAGGGGCUAUUGAACAACUCGAAAAAGCUCGUUCUCGCUUACGGAAAGUAGAAACCGAAGCCGAGCAGUUUCGAGUGAAUGGAUACGCCGAGAUAGAACGAGAAAAAUUGAAUUUGAUUAAUUCAACUUAUAAGACUUUGGAACAAUUAGAAAAUUACAAAAACGAAACGAUUCAGUUUGAACAGCAAAGGGCGAUUAAUCAAGUCCGACAACGGGUUUUCCAACAAGCCUUACGAGGAGCUCUAGGUAACUCUGAAUAGUUGUUUGAACAACGAGUUACAUUUAC